AUUCUCAUCCGAUUUUGAAAUUUUCCUCUUUUCAAGGCAAGAUCGCUUGUCGCCAUCGACGAAAACGAAUGCUCGAACUGGAACCGUCUUCAAAUUCUUUUUGCCUAUUCCAGAAUCGUUCACUUUUUCCCAUUUUCUGUCUCUGAUGCUGUACGAAGCUACUGUUGAUGCAACGACCCUCGGUUACUGGUUACGCUGGAGGGUACUGUUCUGUGCAAUAUGUGUAUUUGCUUCUUUUUCUGUAGCAUUGUGGAUGAUAUGGAAAUAUGAAAUUAAAGAUCGACUAGAACACAGAAGACAAGAAACUCAGCAAGAUAAAAACCAACUUCGGAGUUGUGAAGCUUGGAGACCAUGCGUCAGACAGAUUCAUCCAAUUUGGUUGCUGGCUUUUCGAUUUUGUGCUUUCUGUUUGCUGUUGGCUUCACUAAUUGUGAAGGGCCUUUUGAACGGGGCUUCCAUGUUUUAUUAUUACACCCAAUGGACAUUUACUCUACUUGCAGUAUAUUUUGCGUGCGGGUCAGUGGUUUCCAUGUAUGGAGUUCUUAUCUGCAACAAAACAAGAAGUGACGGUUUAAAUGCUCGUCUUAAUGAGAAUAGUAUGGAGGAAGGGCAACAUGUUCCUCUUCUUUGUGGGAAGCCCUCAAAUAUAAUUGGGGGUAAUAUAGUUUCGUAUUCCAAGGAGCAAAGUAUUUCCUCGAAGGCUGCCGACAUCUGGAGUUACAUUUUUGAAGUUCUAUUCCAGAUAAAUGCAGGGGCAGUUGUUCUCACUGAUUGCACUUAUUGGUUCGUCAUAUUUCCAUUUCUUACGAUCAAAGAUUACAAUUUUACCUUUAUGACGAUUAAUAUGCACACGCUGAAUUUGGUUCUACUUCUCGGUGAAACUGCUCUUAAUAGCUUGCAGUUGCUUCCAAUGCCCCGGAUUUCAUAUUUCUUUUUAUGGACGGGUGUUUAUGUCAUUUUCCAGUGGAUCAUCCAUGCAUUUGUUUCGAUUGGGUGGCCAUAUCCAUUUCUUGAUCUGUCAGCUCCUUAUUCGCCAUUAUGGUCGUCGAAGGAGAUUGACGGUAGCAGCGUUGAUGGCCGGCGAGGAUGGAGACAGUGGCCGGUGGUAUCUACUGAUGGGGUUGAUGCAUAUUCCGAGCUACGGUAUGUCCAUGUUGAUUUUAGAACUGAAACAUAAUCUGAUAUCAAAGUGGUUCCCUCAGACAUACCAAUGCUAGUGAAGACUGGCAAAUUUGAAAUCAUGGUUAGUUUUUUGUUGAUUGCUUCUUUCUUUUCUCUUAUUUUUGCCCCUUGUGAGAGUAGAAAGUUUGAUGUUGAAAUAGCAGGCUCACAUUUUUACAAAUCAAACACAUGCUUUGUAUAUGUAUAUUUUUACAGAGUUUAUUCCUCCCUACAAUUUACAUUAUGUCUGUACAAACUCAAAUUUCUUAAUUUGAGGUUAUACAAUUUUUUAUAAUUUUUCAAAUAGUCGAUUUCGUGUAAAUUUAUACCCAUCAAAUUGUUGGUUAAAGAGAGGUUUUAUAAGA